UCUCAUUUCUGGCCAUUGCCCCACCGCCGGGUGCAUAUUACUAAGAGAAGACUCGCCGCCAAGGAGAAAUUGAGCGCGGAGCAAAAGCUUGAGCCGAAGGACAGAGAGAAAUCAUGCAUUACAAGAAAGAACCCUGCAGAAAUUUUCAGCGUGGCAGUUGUCAAUAUGGUGAAAGGUGCAAGUUUCUCCACGUCACUCAGCAACCACAGAAACCGAGUAACUUUGGCUCUGGGAUGCAAACAAGUUCACAGCAACAGCAAAAACCUAAUCCCUUUGGAUUUGGAGUUCAUAGUACUGGUCAAUCUAAAGCAGCUGUUGAUUCUGGAUCCAAACAAAACCAAUAUAAGCUAUAUGAUAACAAAUGGACUCGUUCUUCCACACCUACUGGAAAUGCUCCUUCUCGAAAACCAGACAAUCAGCCCGCAUCAGCUAAUCACAUAUGCACAGAUGGGGAGUCUUGCAAGCGCCAAAUUGCUGAAGAUUUUCAAAAUGAGAGGCCAUUAUGGAAACUGACAUGCUAUGGCCACAGUAAAAGUCAACCUUGUGACAUUGUUGGUGAUGUUAGUUAUGAAGAACUACGGGCGAUUGCGUAUGAUGAAGCCAAACGAGGGAUAAGCUUGCAAUCAAUUGUUGAAAGGGAGAGAAAUUUACUUAAUUCUAAGUUAGCUGAGUUUGAGAGCCUUCUUCAUAAGCCAUAUGUAACACCAUCAAAUCGUGCUUCUGGCAACCAAAGCUCACUGAUAGUAACUAAUUCUCUUUCAAUUCAACCAAGUUCUCAAAAUAGCGGUCCUCCUUCAUUGUCAAGUUUUAGCCAGUUGGGUGCAUCACUUAAUACGGGAUUUGGUGCAAGGCCCUCUAACCCACCUAAUAAUGCUUUUGGCCAGCCAGUUCAAUUUUCAAGCUCCCCUGAAAAUUCGAGUGCCUUUGGAGCAACCAAUUUUCCAUCAACAAAUGCCGGUGCAGUUGGAGGUGUAUUUGGUAGCCAAGUUCCUAGCCAAACAUUUGGAAACUCUACCCUAAGUGGUUUCAAUAACAGUGGCAUAACAAAUGCUGGAAGCAAUCUUCUUUCCUCUCCAGCGAUCCCAACAAAGUUCCCCUCAACAGAUGCUGGUGGACAAAUUCUGUCAAAUGCCCAAUUGGUAAAUAAGUUACAGCAGGAAAAUAGUUCUGUGGAUGUCAGCAUUUGGUUGAAAGAGAAAUGGGUUCCUGGAGAGAUACCAGAAGUGGCACCUCCAGAUGCAGUUGUUCAAUAGCCCAUACUUUUGAGGACAACGAUAUAUUAGAUCCAAGGAAGCUCAACUUUUGUUAUAGAACUAGCCUCUUGUUUGUUAUACCUGUACACGGAGCCUCUUGUUUGUUAUACUAGCAGAUGGAGCAGUCAUGACAAUCAAAACGAGGUCUAAGAAUGAAGAAUGAGGCGAUUGAUAAGGUAAUGAUCUGACUUUUGUAGUUUUAGACACUGAGAAUGGUAGGCCUACGACUUGUAAAGCCGUUGGAGAAGUAUUUUGAGGGUUGCUGAAUUCUUUCCAUUCUCAACGAAAUCGAAGUCAUGUAAGAAUAACUUUUUCUAUUGUGAAUUUUUGUUUGAAUUGACAGGGGCGCUAUUAAGGUA